GGCGCGCCCGGGCAGCCCGAGCCGCGCGCCGCGUCGCUGUAAUCGGACACCCGAGCGCUCGCCCCCGGUGCCCGGCCACUUUCCAUUCACUCCGAGGUGCUUGAUUGAGCGACGCAGAGUAGGGCUCCGGGUGCCGCGGCACUGCGACGCUGAGGAUUCCUUUACAAAGAAACUCAGAGGACCGGGAAGAAAGAAUUUCACCGCUGGGACGCUCUAGAAAUUAAGGUCUUCUGGGAAAAAGACUAGAGAGACACGCGGAGCCACACCGGUAGCAAAUUGAUGACUUUUACGUGCUGAUCUCUUCCCAUCUCGGUAUUUUCCCUUGGAUAUUAACUUGCAAAUCUGAAGAAAUGGCAUUCCGGGCAAUUUUCGUGUUGGUUGGAGUAUUUGUUUGUUCUAUCUGUGUAAAAGGAUCGUCCCAGCCCCAAGCAAGAGUUUAUUUAACAUUUGAUGAGCUUCGAGAAACCAAGACCUCUGAAUACUUCAGCCUGUCCCACCACCCUUUAGACUACAGGAUAUUAUUAAUGGAUGAAGAUCAGGACCGGAUAUAUGUGGGCAGCAAAGAUCACAUUCUUUCCUUGAAUAUUAACAAUAUAAGUCAAGAACCUUUGAGUGUUUUCUGGCCGGCAUCUGCAAUCAAAGUCGAAGAGUGCAAGAUGGCUGGCAAAGAUCCCACAGACCAAGUUUUUGUGAUUGACUCCAAGUGUGAAUCCGGAAAAGGACGCUGCUCCUUCAACCCCAAUGUGAACACAGUGUCUGUUAUGAUCAAUGAGGAGCUUUUCUCUGGAAUGUAUAUAGAUUUCAUGGGCACAGAUGCUGCUAUUUUUCGAAGUUUAACCAAGAGGAAUGCAGUCAGAACUGAUCAACACAAUUCCAAAUGGCUAAGUGAACCUAUGUUUGUGGAUGCACAUGUCAUCCCAGAUGGCACAGAUCCAAAUGAUGCUAAGGUGUACUUCUUCUUCAAAGAGAAACUGACUGACAAUAGCAGAAGCACAAAACAGAUUCAUUCCAUGAUUGCUAGAAUAUGUCCUAAUGACACUGGGGGACUGCGUAGCCUUGUCAACAAGUGGACGACCUUCUUGAAAGCGAGGCUGGUGUGCUCUGUAACUGAUGAAGACGGCCCAGAAACACACUUCGAUGAAUUAGAGGAUAUGUUUCUGCUGGAAACUGAUAACCCAAGGACAACACUAGUAUAUGGCAUUUUUACAACAUCAAGCUCAGUUUUUAAAGGAUCAGCAGUGUGUGUGUAUCAUUUAUCUGAUAUACAGACUGUGUUUAAUGGGCCCUUUGCGCACAAAGAAGGGCCCAAUCAUCAGCUGAUUUCCUAUCAGGGUAGAAUUCCGUAUCCUCGCCCUGGAACUUGCCCAGGAGGAGCAUUUACACCCAAUAUGCGGACCACUAAGGAAUUCCCAGAUGAUGUUGUCACUUUUAUCCGGAACCAUCCUCUCAUGUACAAUUCUGUCUACCCAAUCCACAGAAGGCCUUUGAUUGUUCGUAUAGGCACUGACUACAAGUACACAAAGAUAGCUGUGGACCGAGUAAAUGCUGCUGAUGGUAGAUACCAUGUCCUGUUUCUCGGCACAGAUCGAGGCACUGUGCAGAAGGUGGUGGUUCUUCCUGCUAACGGCUCCGCCAGGGGUGAGCUCAUUCUGGAGGAGUUAGAAGUCUUUAAGCAACAGUUGUAUGUGAGCUCCAAUGAAGGGAUUUCCCAAGUGUCUCUGCAUCGCUGCCACAUCUACGGUACAGCCUGUGCUGACUGCUGCCUGGCAAGGGACCCUUACUGUGCAUGGGAUGGCCAUUCUUGCUCUAGGUUCUACCCAACUGGGAAGCGGAGGAGCCGAAGACAAGAUGUGAGGCAUGGAAAUCCAUUGACUCAGUGCAGAGGAUUUAAUCUAAAAGCAUAUAGAAAUGCAGCUGAAAUUGUUCAGUAUGGAGUAAAAAAUAACACCACUUUCCUUGAGUGUGCCCCGAAGUCUCCACAGGCAUCUAUCAAGUGGCUGUUACAGAAAGACAAAGACAGGAGGAAAGAGGUCAAGCUGAAUGAACGAAUCAUAGCCACUUCACAAGGACUUCUAAUCCGCUCUGUUCAAGAUUCUGACCAAGGACUGUAUCACUGCAUUGCAACAGAGAACAGCUUCAAGCAGACCAUAGCCAAGAUCAACUUUAAAGUUUUAGAUUCUGAAAUGGUGGCUGUUGUGACAGACAAAUGGUCCCCAUGGACCUGGGCCAGCUCUGUGAGGGCUUUACCCUUCCACCCAAAGGACAUCAUGGGGGCAUUCAGCCACUCAGAAAUGCAGAUGAUUAAUCAGUACUGCAAAGACACUCGGCAGCAACAUCAACAAGAAGAAUCUCAGAAGAUAAGAGGGGACUAUGGCAAGUUAAAAGCUCUCAUCAAUAGCCGGAAAAGUAGAAACAGGAGGAAUCAGUUGCCAGAGUCAUAAUAUUCUCUUACUUGGGGCUUAUGCUUCCAGUAAAGAAUAGUCUGUCUUCAAUGAUCAAAUUUUGAGCAAAGAACCUUGUGCUUUACCCAUGGGAAAUUCCUGAGAAAGGUGUUACUCACUCCUCAAGUGAGUAUUACAUGAACUGAAAUGAGCAUGCAUUUUCUUGUAUGAUAUUGACUAGCACUAGACAUGUCAUGGUCCUCAUGGUGCAUAUAAAUAUUUAACUUAACCCAGAUUUUAUUUAUAUCUUUAUUUACUUUUCCUUCAAAAUCAGUAUGGCGGCUAUGAAACUAAAAUUCUUACAUCCCUUAAUUGAAUGAGGGCUAUAACCCCGUGAUCUUCCUUCCUUGCUUUACGGGUUUAGAUUUGGAAUUGCCAGUAAUUUUAUAUAUGGAAACAAAUGCCAAGUUCACAACUUUUACAUUGUAAAAGUUGUAUAAAUACAUGUAAUAGAGUAGGGCUGUCAAAAGAAAUGUAGAAUAGAUACAAAUCAAGGAAGAGGGCAUCUAAAAGUUGUAUAAAACAUGAGUGAUUCAUACAGAAAAAUGAACAGUUUAUAUACUUACAGUGAAAUAUAUUAAUUUUUUUAUUGUAAAAACGGUCAGUUGCUGAUAUCUGCUAUUGAUCUUUGUUUCCUUGUUUUAGGAAGAUAAAAUGAAUGAUCCUCACCCAUAAACAUCUUUGAUUAGAGUUAUGUCAGUGAAACAUUUAAGUUUAUAUUCUUAAUGCUAUCAUCUUCCAAACAAAAGCACUUUUUUUGGAAGUUAUUUAAGUUAUUAUAGACUCAGAGAAUAUAAUCUUACACUGUUUACUUAAUUACUGUAUUCUAAUUUUCUAGUCUGUGUGGCAAAGUAAACACUAUAUGAAGAAAAAAUGAAAUAUCAAACUUGUAUAUGAGAGGUGAAACUAUCAAAAUGGGGAAAAAUAAAGUAAGAAAUACGAUUUUAUUAAAAGCUGUUUAUAAAAAAUGUGACUAGUUUUUACCAUCAGUGAUUAAUUUCAAUAAUUAAUUCUCACAUUUUUUUGGUUUAUCAACCUCAGAUAUCAUACGAUUUUUAAGUCACCAGUUCAUUUUUUUAAAAUAAUCUUUAGUAUGUGCUGGAGAAGUGCUCAUUUUGUGGACAAAUGAAAAAAAUUUGAAUAUGAACAAAAAUAGACAUACUUUCUUUUAAAAGAAUGCUGGUGCAUUAGGUUCCCUGGUAUAUAAAUACAGAUGUGGUAAGUUUUGUAAUGAAUAAAAUAAUUUUCUUCUAACUGUAUGUUUGGGUCAUUUCAUUAGAAAAAUUUAUUAUUGAACCUUUUAUUCCAAAUAACAAUUAGAUGGGAGAAAUAUGAAAAAUCUCUUUAUACUGUUAUAUUUCCUUUAAAAACACAAAUUUGCCUUUUCAUUUUAUUUACUUGUAAAGAAAUUUUCAUGUUUCCAGGUACAAAUAGAAAUUGCAUCAUAGACCUAUUCAAAAUCUAGUACAAAAUUUUAUUUGUAGUUAACAGUCCACAAAGAAGGUAAGGUAGACUUAUUACUUUCUUAAGCACCACAGAAUAAAAGCUUCAAGAACUAAACCAUUGUCAAAAUGAAUGCAAUCAUUGAUCAGAAUUUAAGAAUAUGAUUUAUUAUUUAAGUGGUGGUAAAUUAUGAUAUUAUAAGAGGAGGCCUCAGUGGGGGCAAACAUAGCAGUUAAAAUACACAACAUAAAUAAUGUUCAUUCAAAAAUAAGCUAAUAUUAAUAAAAGCUAUUCUUCCAAAUGUGUAUGAUUCUGAAGUAUUCUGUAAAGCAGUUCAUUAUACAAAUAUUUUGCCUGCUAUGUGCAUAAAUAGAAAUAUGUGUCAAUGGAAGGCCAAAACCAUCUUCAGUGUUUAUGGCCAAUCUAUUCUAUGUACAGAGUUUAAAGUAAAAUUGUUUUAGAGUCAGAAGAUAGGGUAAACUACACAGGUCCCCUUGCUUCAUGUAAACACAAACUGAUAGACAAUGAGGGUAUUUAGUUUUUUAAUAUUAUUUGUGCUAUUUAAUACCUUCUCCUUUGAACAUUAUUCAAUUGUAUAUACUUUUAUUACUUUUGUUUUAAAAUUAUAGAAAUUCUUCAACAUAACUGCCAAAUGUAAAGAAAAUUUUCUUUCUCCAAAAUAAUGUCAACGUAUACUGAAUAUUGGUGGUUAACUAGUUUUAUUUUGUGUAGUUUGACAUUUUGAUGACUUAAUAUGUUUUCCAUUUGUAUUGUACAUAAAAUUUCCUAGGAAUGCACUUUUUUUCAAAGUGUAGGUUUGUGGAUAGAUUUUAGCAUGAUGAAACUGUCAUUACGGUGAAUGUUCACUCUGUGAGAAAAUAAACUAAAUGUAGUUAGUACAUUGAUAUUUAAUUGGAUAUUGAAGAAAUCAUUUGCCUGGCAAAAUAAAACAUGUUGAAUUCCCCAA